UUCUAUCGGCGCAUGCGCUCUCCGGCGUACCUGCUGUGCACGCUGCUGGGGAGGCGCCGGCUGGAAGGACCGUACCUGCCGCACUUGGGCCCGUCUUCGGGGACUCUGGGACUAGAUGAGAAAACGGAGACAGACCUGCUAAGGUGAAGGGCCCGGACUUCCAUAACAAAAAUGUCUAAUGCAAGAGAAAAGAAACAUGCCAAGAAAAUGAGAAAUCAACCAGCCAACGUGACCUUAUCUUCAGGUUUUACUGCUGUUGAUGAGAGAGGAACAAAGCAUCAUAAUGGAAAUGAAAAGUCUUUCCAAUAUCAAAAACAAGAGUCCUGUUCUGGAACUCCCCAGCAUCAGCAGCCAAAACUGACACAUGUACCUUCCGAAUCUUGUGCAAAUGAACAGCCUUCCAAGGGUCAGUGCAAAGGAGAGAAGGGCAAAGGACAAGCAGGAUGGAGAGGAGGGCACCAAGGGGCUGCUCGGGAAAUCCCUAAAUAUAUAACUGCAUCUACUUUUGCACAAGCCCGAGCUGCUGAAAUUAAUGCCAUGUUGAAGGCAGUGACACAGAAAUCAUCUAAUUCACUAGUGUUUCAAACACUUCCCCGACAUAUGAGAAGAAGGGCUAUGAGCCAUAAUGUGAAACGCCUUCCCAGAAGACUUCGAGAGAUUGCUCAGAAAGAGGCAGAGAAAACAGAGCAUCACAAGAAGGAGUAUUCAAAAAACAAGUGUCGCAAGGCUCGGAGAUGUCAUUUAAACCUGCUCUUGGAAUUUAAUCGGCGACAAAAAAAAAAUGUGUGGUUAGAAACUCAUAUAUGGCAUGCCAAAAGAUUCCACAUGGUGAAGAAAUGGGGAUAUUGCUUAGGGGAGAGUCCCACCAUUAAGAGCUACAGAGCUUCCUACAGAGCAAUGACAAAGCAUUGCCUCCUUCAGGAUUUAUCAUAUUACUGUUGUCUGGAGUUAAAUGGCAAAGAAGAAGAAAUACUAAAGGCACUGUCUCGAAUGUGUAGCAUCGAUACAGGACUAACUUUUGCAGCAGUUCAUUGUCUGUCUGGAAAACGGCAAGGCUCUUUAGUCCUUUAUCGGGCUGAUAAAUACCCUGAAGAAAUGCUUGGUCCCAUUACAUUUAUUUGGAAACCUGAAGAUGGCACUAGUACUACUCCUAUAAACAGAAAAUUGUGGUUAUGGACACAUCCAACUCUCAAACAGGACAUAUUAACUGAACUAAAAAUAGUAUGUCAGUGUGUGCAACCUCCAGAAGCAACUGCCUUUAUCCCUGAGGUGGCUUUGACAUCACAUGAAGAGAAAAUCCACAUUAAGCAGACUGAGAAUUGCAAGAAAAGGAAGAGGGAUGAUGAAGAAAAAAAUACCAAUCCAGUGAAAAAAAUUGUGGGUGAUGGAACCAGAAAUCCAUUUCAACCAUAUUCUUGGACAUCCUCAGCUACUGGCAUUGUAGUGAGUGAUUUGACCAUGGAAAUGAACAGAUACCGGCUGAUUGGUCCCCUAUCUCACAGUAUUCUUACUGAGGCACUGAAAACCGCUUCUGUCUAUACUGAGGUAGAAGAUGCAGAAACAGUACUUCAUAGUUGGUGGGUUGAAACCUGUAAGAAACCUGAUAGUGUAUCUGUCCAUCAUCGUCAAGAAGCCAUUUUUGAAUUGUUGGGAGGAAUAGCAUCUCCAGCAGAAAUUCCAGCAGGUACUAUCCUGGGGUUGACGGUUGGAGAUCCUCGAAUAAAUUUACCUCAGAAGAAGUCCAAGGCUUUGCUCAAUAUAGAAAAAUUCCAAGAUAAUGAAAAAGUUAGACAACUGCGCCUAGAAGGUGUGCCUGUGGAGUGUGCUCAUAGUUUUAUCUGGGACCAGGAUAUAUGUAAGAGUGUCACAGAGAAUAAAAUCUCAGAAAAGGAAUUAAACCAGAUGAGAAGUGAAUUGAUGGUGCCAGGGUCACAGCUUAAUUUAGGCCACCGUGAAUCCAAGAUACCCAUACUAUUGAUUCAACAACCAGGGAAAGUAACUGGUGAAGAUCGAUUAGGAUGGGGAAGUGGCUGGGAUAUCUUACUUCCUAAAGGAUGGGGAAUGGCUUUCUGGAUUCCCUUUAUCUAUCGUGGUGCAAGAGUUGGAGGAUUAAAAGAGGGUCGCAUACACUCUCGGUAUAAGGGAGCACCCAGCAUCCCUGAUGAUUUCCCAGACUGCCCUGCUGGAAUGUUGUUUGCCAUAGAACAAGAAAAUAAUCUUCUGGAAAAAUACAAAAGACACCCGCCAGCAAAGAGGCCCAACUAUGUCAAACAUGGUACUUUGUCCCCUUUCCGAUGUCCUUGGGAACAGUUAACUCAAGAUUGGGAAUCAAGAAUUACAGCUCAGACAGAGUCUCCUAUUUCUCCUCAUUCAUCGGCAAAUGGCAAGAGUGAUUCUGGGAGAAAAAAGCUUUGUGUUGUGGAGAGUGAGCAGGAGCAAAAGCACGAGACUUUGAAGGACAAACCAGAAGAAGCAGCAGAGAUGAUGGACACCCAUUCUCCAGAUGCUGCAGUGACAGUAGACCUAAAAGAGACAGGUGUAUGUGGAAAUGAGUGUGGUGGAACCAGAGCCCCCUUCUGUGUUCUUAGGAGUAGAAAAUUAUUGAAGUGGUUAGCAGCCUGGUGUCUGCCUGUUGGUAGAAGAAAUCAAGCAGCCUUCCGAGCUUCCAGGAUGCAUCAGCCUGAGCUGACAAAGGCUACCUGCCUGUCCAUCUUACAUGAGUAUCCAAGAUUCCUGGUAUGGGUCAGCCUGUCUUUGCUCAAAAAGGGAAACCCAGAAUUGCAUACCAUGAUCUGUAUCCCAUCCAAAGAUGAUUUUCUGCAUCUAAAUGAAGAUCGGCUUUAUUGUGGCCCUCAAGAGUCCAGACACAAUGACCCAUUCAAAGCCAAGGCACGGAAACAAAAAGAGAAGAGGAAAACUGAGAAGCAGCAGAAACCAGAAGGAGGUGUGGCCCCAGGUCCGGCAGGAGAGCUGCACUGCACCAGAGCGUGUGCAGAGGGAGCUCCUGGUUUGUGGCCAGGUCCUCUCCCUGAUGUCACUGGCCAUUGCUCCCGGACCCUCCUUGGGUUUGUGACACAAGGAGACUUCUCACUGGCUGCUGGCUGUGGAGAAGCAUUGGGAUUUGUCAGUUUGACCGGCUUGCUGGAGAUGCUCUCAAGUCAGCCGGCAGACCAGAGGGGACUAGUUUUAUUGAGAACACCAGCAUCUCUGCAGUAUCGAUUUGCUAGGAUAAUUAUUGAUAUAUAAAUGUCAUUUUGUAUGACAGCAAGGUAUAAAUACUGCCAAAGAGAAUAUAGCAAGAAAAGCCUCACACUCUUAAGUUUUGCUUUUUGCCUUCCACUCUGUUACAUGAAAUUAUUUGAAAAAACAAGCUAAAAAUCUGUCAUAAUGUAUUAUGUGAAAGAAUGAAAUGCUAACUCAUCAUGUCAUAUGUUUACAUUAUUUACAUUACUCAGUGGUGUUGAUUUCCAUUCCUUUCCUUUUCCUUUAAAAUAUUUAAAUUCUGGCUUGUAUAACUACAGUUAUUAUUAGUAUUGUGAUUUCUUGUUCUGUAUUUUUUUGCUUAAAAAUUAUUGAAGAUUA